AUGUCUACCCCAACCUCCACCACCCUCGCCCCGGGGCCUCCACCAACAAACUUCAACCCCUCAACCCAAACCUUCAUCCUCCUCGCCCCGGCCCCCCCAUCAGGCGAACUCGCCCCCGUCCCCCUCACCCCAAAGGAAGUCUCCGAAAUCUACGCCGACGCCUCCUCCCUGUCGAUCCUCUACGGCUCCCAAAUCGGGGCCUGCAUCUCCAUCCUCGCCGUCGUCCUCCUCAUGACCCCCCUCCCACGAUUCAAGCGCUGGCCGACAAUUAUCUCCAUCCUUGCCCUCGCGCUCAACACGACGAGAAUGGUCCUCCUCAGUUUGUUUUACCCGUCCUCCUGGGCGUCGCUGACGGCGCUUUUUCUCGGGGAUUACUCGGCCGUCUCGCAGAACGAUAUCAAUAUCUCUGUUGUUGCCACGUUGUUGUCUGUCCCGGUCACGAUGCUGAUCUAUGCCGCGCUGUUUGUGCAGGCGUGGAGUAUGUUGAGUUUGUGGAGGGAUGUGUGGAAGUGGCUUGCCGUUGGGGUGAGUAUCGGGGUUGGGUUGGUCACUGUUGGGUUCAACUUUGCGGGUGCGGUUAUUCAGGCUAGGGGGGUGUUGGGGAUGACGGUGCCAAGGGACGGGGUGUGGGUGAGGCAGGUUUAUUUGGGGAUGAUGACGGGGGGGAUUUGCUGGUUUUGCUUCUUGUUUAAUGUUAGGUUGGUGAUGCAUAUGUGGGAGACUAGGAGUGUGCUGCCGGGGUGGAAGGGGUUGAAGGCGAUGGAUGUGUUGGUUAUUUGUAAUGGGGUGUUGAUGUUUGUGCCCGGUACGUCUUUUGUGGUUGUUUGUCUUUGGUUCGCCUCCUUCACCAACUUUGAAUCGGCCUCUUUGACGCAGACGUCUGUUAUUGUUGUUCUUCCCCUUGGGGUGUUGGUCGCGCAACGGCUUGCUGCGGCACCGUCACGAUACGCCUCGCCGACUGGCACAACCACCGACAUGACCGGCAGCUCAAGCAUGGGCUCCAACCCCCGAUCGAGAAACCAAACCUCCAGCAUGGCCACCCAGCGUCCACUCCUCAGUCACGACCGUCGUGGCAGCGCAGCCUCCUACAACGCCCACGGCUUCCAAGGCAAGAACCACGUUGCUGUUUCUGCUGACCAACAACAAUGCCCCCGCCGUCACACCAGAAAGGACCACCCUGACGAUUUGAUCAUGGAGGAGGAGAAGCCGAGCAGUCAGCACCACAGCCCUUUUUCGCCUUUGUCACCUACGUUUGGAGAGAAGGGAGGCGCUGGUUUGAGGAUGCCAGAUGCCGCUGGGCAGGAAAAUAACAACGGGGGUGUGAUGGUUGAGAGGGAGAUUAGGGUGGAGAGGGACGGCUUGAGCGCGGCGGAGGUGAGAAACUCGGAUGGCUCGUAG